AGAAGAGUGGAGCUGCGUCCUCCCGCUUCAUUCGAGUGGAGGGUGUGUAGGUGUGAGAGGGGAGUCCUCUGUGCGAGCGGCACCUUCCCCGCCACCUGCUCCCGGUGGGCAGGAUCCCACCCCCCGCCCUGUGGAUCUGAGCGAUGGAGGGUGGUAGACGCUUGGCUUCUGAAAUGGCAAGAGAGGGAACUGGGGCUUGUGCUCUUCUGGGAGCCACGCCUUCCCUGAGAGGGGACUCUCCUCCUCCUCCUCUUAGAUACUGAUGCAGGAUCCUCAGAGCCAAACCUGUGAAAUGUUUUGCUUCAACAAGAGGUAGAAGAGCUACUGCCAGAGGUAUUAAUGAGCCUCCUAAAUGAUGAUGGCAUUCAGAGACAAGACUGUGGAUGAGCUGAAGGAGCUGCAGGACAAUUCAGAGGAGAUUGAACGCUUGGCACUGGAGUCUAAUGAGGUUCAGGAUGUCCAGUUGGAAAGGGAGAUGGCUUUGGCCACAAAUCGCAGUCUGGCAGAGCGGAACCUGAAGUUUCAGGAACCCCUCGAAACAGGACGUGCAAACCUCUCAGACAAAUAUCAAGAACUGCAGAAGCUGGUCGAGCAAUGCCAGGAGCAAAAGGCAAAACUGGAGAAAUUCUCAGCAGCGAUGCAGCCUGGCACCCUGUUAAAUCUUCUGGAGGUAGAAGGGCAGAAAAUCGAAGAAGAAUCUGAGAUGAUGGCUGAAAAGUUCCUGGAGGGCGAAGUGCCUCUGGAGACAUUCCUGGAGCAGUUUUCCUCCAUGAGGAAGUUGUCCCAUCUACGGCGGGUGAAAGUGGAGAAGCUUCAGGAAGUGUUGAGGAAGUCUCAGUCUUCCCAAGAGCCAGCCAGAAGCUCUGCGUUCAACCACCAGCAUCCUUCCACAAUGCCUUCUGGGCCUGCAAACCAGCAGCCACAGAAUAGCCUGGCUGGGGGACUACCCUAUCCUUUACCUUACAGUCUAUCCCCUUGCAUGCCCACCGGCCCUUCAGCUCACGGAGCUCUCCAGCCAGCUUCUUUUCCAGGAGCACCUGUUAUGGUGGGACAUGUCACCUCCUCUCAGCCAAGUAGCCAACCCCCGUUUCCGAAUAGAUCACCUUCGGGUCCUGGGUACCCACCUGUCUCAUCUAGCAGUUCAUUACCCCAGCCUCAGGUAGGAGACCCAUCUGCAUCCUCUGGGUACUCUUGGUCUCCCUCCAGAGCACCCCCUUCUGGACCAGGAUACCCUCAGCCCCCCGUUAGGGCCCUAUCUACAGGACCAGGAUACCCACAGUCUCCAUUUUUUCCACCAGCGGGAAGGCCCCAGUGCCCUUAUCCUACCCAGCCUCCAGUGCCUAGCUACCCCAUCCCUUCCCAGCCUCCAUAUCCCACAGGUCCAAGCCCACCAUUUGGGUAUCCUCCACCACCGCCCCUGCCCCCUCAGGGCCCUUCUUGGCCAGGAUACUAGUCUCCGUUCCCAGACAGUAUUCUUUUUCAUAGCAGCCUGAUGAAUUGAUUUUUGCUAGCUACUGAAGCCCAAGAUGAAAACUUGGGUGCAUCCUCUUGAGAGACAUACUUCCGUAAGCAUUAUAUUGAUGGCAUGUGUGGUUUGAUGCUGUAAGAGUUGGAAAGGAACGGCUGUGUGGGAUGGUUCCAUUUCCUGAGUAUCAGCAGGCAAUGACUGUUGGCAGCCUUCAGUGGCCAGCUGUACUGACUAAGCAGUCCGUCCAAGCCAUAGUAUAAAAUACAAAUCUAGGCCCAGACACUUAGCUGACGUAUACUGGCAUUGUUCCAAGUAAGCCGCUUACUAGCUGCAGCUUGGAUCUGGUCCUGUGCGUGUGUUGGUGUGCUCAUGACUGUGUGUGUUGUUUUCUACUUUACUACAUUAGAGUAUCUAUAAUACAUAAAUAAAAUGAAUUCUGCUCACUUUA